GGGCGGGGCUUCCAGAGGGGACGUAAAGCAGAGAAACCGACAGCGACACUUCAUCCAGAAAGGGAGAAUCUCAGUUGUUGUGGCGCUUUUGUUGGACUGCUGCUGGUUUUCGUUCUGCUUCCAGAUUAUUUAAUCCCAUUUUGGCGCGUGGAAUGGUGCCGUGACCUCCUCUGGGAAGUUGGGAAGCUGCUGUCAGCUAUGAGUGAAGACUUCGGGGAGCGGAGGUCUACUGAGGAGUCCAAACACAAACAGGAGUUGUAGAAGCGGAUCACCAGGACUCUGCUUGUCCCGCUGUCCGUCCGUCCGUCCACGCGGAGCGUCACGAUGAGCCGAGGAGACGCGCGUGGAGUGCUGGAACGCGGCUGUGUUUUGCGCAGAUAAUGAGAGGUCUGAUGGGAGAGUAACACGUCGGUGCGCGGAGUGUGUUAGCAGAGAAGAAAGCGACUGAUCUGGAACUGGACUGAGCGGUGUUACACACCAUGUGGAGCCCGAGGAAAGCGGCUCUCUGCUGGCUGCUGCUGGAGACGUUCCUGCGCUCUGCUGGAGGUCUCAACAUGUGCAUGAGUGGCAGCGCUACUUCUUGUGAGGAAUGCCUCCUGAUCCACCCCAGCUGUGCUUGGUGCUCGCAAGAGGACUUCGGGAGGGGCCGAACUCUGAAGUCACGGUGUGAUUUCAGUCCUAACCUGCAGAAAAGGGGCUGCGAGGCUCGCUUCAUCGAGUACCCCACUAGCUCUAUGUCUGUCCUGCAGAACAUGCCCCUGAGUUCUAAAGGAUCUGGAUCGUCCCAGUACAACAUGGUCCAGAUUAUGCCUCAGAAGAUCUCUCUCAGCCUGCGGCCAGGAGAGCAGACGUGGUUCAACCUGCAGGUGCGGCAGGUGGAGGACUACCCGGUGGAUCUCUACUACCUGAUGGACCUCUCGCUUUCCAUGAAAGACGACCUGGACACCAUCCGAAACCUGGGCACCAAGCUGGCGGAGGAGAUGGGGAAGCUCACCAGCAACUUCAGGCUGGGCUUCGGUUCCUUCGUGGAUAAAAACAUGUCCCCGUUUUCCUACACGGCGCCCAAGUACCAAGAGAACCCCUGCAACGGAUACAAGCUCUUCCCUAAAUGUGUUCCCACCUUCGGCUUCCGCCACAUCCUCUCGCUGACGGACCAAGUGGACCGCUUUAACGAGGAGGUGCGGAAGCAGAUGGUAUCUCGCAACCGAGACGCACCGGAGGGCGGGUUUGACGCCAUCCUGCAGGCUGCAGUUUGCAAGGAGGAAAUCGGUUGGAGGAAAGAAGCCUACCACCUGCUGGUGUUCGCCACAGACGACGUGCCACACCUCGCUCUGGACGGCCGGCUCGGAGGUCUCGUCCAGCCCCACGAUGGACAGUGUCACCUCAACGACCAGAACGAGUACAGUGCCUCCACAAAGAUGGACUAUCCAUCUCUGGCUUUGCUCGGGGAGAAACUGGCAGAAAACAACAUCUUCCUCAUCUUCGCUGUGACCAAGCGGCUCUACGUUAUUUACAGGAAUUUCACCGCGCUCAUACCUGGAACUACAGUCGAGAUCCUGGACCAGGACUCCAAGAAUGUCAUCCAGCUGAUUAUUACGGCUUACAAUAACAUCCGCUCUAAAGUGGAGCUGACUGUGUGGGACCACCCAGAGGACAUCAACCUGUCCUUCACCGCCACCUGCCAGGACGGAAAGCCGCUGCCGGGUCUCCCCAAAUGUGCCGACUUGAAAAUAGGAGACACUGUGUCGUUUAAAGUCGGCGUGGAGGCGAGGAGCUGUCCUCCAAGCGGCACCAACCACAGCUUCACCAUCAAACCGGUGGGGUUCAAAGACCGGCUGGAGGUGGCCGUGGAUUAUCAGUGUGACUGCGGCUGCAGUCGGGAAGCUAAAGUCAACAGCAGCAUCUGUAGCUCCAUCGGUAUGUAUAAAUGCGGCACCUGUCGCUGCGAACCGGGCUACCUGGGCGCCCGCUGCGAGUGCCAGGAGGGCGAGGCCAGCAGCCUGCAUGUGGGCGCCUGCCGGGAGGCUGAGGGCAAGCAGAUCUGCAGCGGGCGAGGCGAGUGCAGCUGCAACCAGUGUCUGUGCUACGAGUCGGAGUUCGGGAAGAUCUACGGCAGCUUCUGCGAGUGCGACGACUUCUCCUGCGCCCGACAUAAAGGCAUCCUCUGCUCAGGUCACGGAGAGUGUCACUGCGGGGAGUGUAAGUGCCACGCCGGCUACGUCGGCGACGACUGUAACUGCCCCACCGAGGUGGCGUCCUGCUUCUCGGGCGACGGGAAGAUGUGCAGCGGGCGAGGAAAGUGCGAGUGUGGCCGCUGCCGCUGCACCGAGCCCGGAGCUUUUGGAGAAAAAUGUGAAAAAUGUCCGACCUGCCCCGACGCCUGCGGCACCAAAAGGGAGUGCAUCGAGUGUCGACUUUUCAACUCCGGAAGGCUCGCCGACAACCAGACGUGCCAGCGGCUGUGCCAAGAUGAAAUCAUCACCAUGGAGACCCUCAAAACGGACGAACCCGGCGCCGUUCUUUGUCUUUACAAGACGGACAACGACUGCGUGAUGAAGUUCACGUACUCGGAGCACGCCAGCGGACAGUCCAUCCUCACAGCUCUGAAGGAGCCCGAGUGUGGCGAAGGUCCGGACGCCCUCAUGGUGCUGCUCGCGGUGGUUGGCAGCAUCCUGCUGGUGGGACUGGUUCUGCUCGCCGUCUGGAAGCUGGUCAUCACCAUCCACGACCGCCGAGAGUUCGCUCGCUUCCAGAGCGCACGUUCACGCGCCCGAUACGAAAUGGCCUCCAACCCUCUGUACAAGCAGCCCGUCUCCACACACUUUGUAGAAACGGACUUCAACAUGUUCGGGAAGUCCUACAACGGCGGGUUCCACUGAUCCCUGGGCACAGGGCGCGGCAGGACCGGUCCCACAACCAGAUCCCCGAAGGAAGGCGACGGCGGCCCGAACACCCCCCUCCCAGUCUCUGCUCUCUGCACGUCCACGCCUUCUGACGGAGAACUGAGGAGUCCAGAGGAGGAUCUACGGCCUCUCUGUGGUUUCAGAGGAGAUGGGAGCAGCCGAACCUCCUCGCCUGUUCAGCAGGCUCAUAUUUGUAUGUUUUUAUAAACACUAAAGCUGCGUCUGUAGUACGAAGUCUUCACCCAGCAGGACUCUGAGCUGCAGCAGAUCAUUCACAUCAUUAAAAGCUGAUAUUUUUGAGAGAGGCUAUAGGGACGAUUUGGUACUAAUAUUUACUAAGCAAUAGAUUUCCUAUUUUCAUUUUGCACAGAGAAUAUUAAGAGUCAUAUUCUGUAAAGAUUAGAUUUCUUUGACGUUACGUUUGAAUGUGUUUGUGUGUUAAAUGCUCCAGUUGCACUCCCUUUUCUUUAUCCAAGCGGCAGCACCUGAGCCUCGGACGAUGAAGACGAUGUUGCUGAUUUCUUCACCCUGCCUGGCGCUCAACCCUGUUUUUUUAACGUAGAAGGUCCCAAAUAUGAAAUUUAAUUUAAUAAAUGGUUCAUAAAACAGCAAAAUGUCCAGUGCAACUUGCAGGUUAUCAGCUGCACUGAUUUAAGUGUAGAAACAUGCAAGUUGUUGAAGUAAUUAAUCAGUUCUGGGCUUAAAGUAACAUUUGGUGGUGCGAGUUAGUUAGCAUGGGGCAGAUGUUGGCAAGUCUACAAUAAAAAUGUGGAUUAAAAUGAACUUUGAUUCUUGGAUUGUCCAAAAACAGCCUAAAAAUGUCCAGGAAAGGACAAAAUAUUUGGCAGAGGGAAUUUGUUUGGUUUGAGGAGAAAGGAGUGGGGCAAAAAUGGCAGCAUUUCACUGUGUGCACCGGUAUCCUAGCAACCUGAUGCUGAUGUAGACCAAGAGCAGAAGCAGCUUCACAGAUCAAACAUCUGAAACUCCAGGAAGUCUCCAGGUAUUUAACCCUCAUGUGUAAAAUGAGCUGCACAUGUUAAAGCUGCAUCAGAGAAGCUGGUCUUCUACUGAAUGUCCUCCUGAUGGACCCUGGUUCUCCUGAUCCUGCAGCUUUUUCUGCUCUUUGACUCCGUUCAGGCUCAGAGUUAAAACCCUGGUCGGUCUGUAACCGUCCAGCAUCAUCACGCCACGACUUCUGAUUAUUAAACUAGAUUUCAUGACACGAAUCAUCAGCACUUCAGUCGGAGACGACUUCGGGUGUUGGACGACGGUUCAUUUAACUCACACGUCCGUGGGAGUAACCAGGGCGAUAAAUCCUCCAUCACUGCUCCUGCAGGACGAGGUGGAGCCUGAGCUUCGCAUCACAGCCAGACUCUGAGGGUCAUUGUGGGAACCCGGUACUCUGAGGCCUGCAUGGUCUCAGUGGAAGUGGGUGGAUGUGUACAUAAGACAUAGUGUGUAUAUAAAGUGCUAAAUGAAAUGUUCUCAUCUCACCGACCUGCUUGUUUUCCAGCUCCAACAGAAACUUUUAGUUAUCGAUGUAAUGGCACAAACAAUAAACCUGCUUCAGUCAAA